AUGGACGUGCACAGCCUGCUUGGACUGGCUGCCGUAACAGUACCGCCGGACACAGCGGAUGAAUCUGGGCUGAAGAGCGGCGAGAGCUCAAGAGCCCCGUCAUCGCUGAAACUGGAGCAGGGUGACCAGGACAAGAGCAAACGGCCGCACAAACCUCCUAAAAAUUUGUACGCGGACAAGGACCGUUCAGCCGAGGAAGUGGAAGUGCCCCCAGAUGUUCGCACCAAGUUGACGCCUCGUCCCCGGCGGCCUAGAACAGACGCUGGUGACGUCGAGGAGAGCACCGAGGGUGGUCAUUGGCCGCCGAGUCGUAUAACCCUCGACUCGAAGACCUUCCUGGGAGUGGAGACGUUGAAGGUUCGCACUCCGCUUAGUCGACCCAGCCUCCCACGCUUCUACCACUACGUCCCCACGGCGCCCGCGAACGACCCGCACAGCGGCAUCACGGUUCGCGUCGAUGACGACUUCAAGCGCACAAAGGAAGUGCUUGGACUACGCGACGCCAGUGGACUUCCGGCUUUCGCCCGGAAGUUGCGGAGGGUCAAAAAGGUGCAGGACGAGACACUUCCGAUCAUCCUCACCUUCGGCGGUCUUGACCCGAGAGAUCCGCUCAACUAUGCCAACGGACGCGUAGUCCUCCACUACCACGUGCUCAAGAACCGCUGGGACCUGUGCGGAAUGAUGCCCGAGCCGCGCAGCUACCACGCCGCCGUGCUCAUCGGAAAGACAGUUUACGUCACCGGUGGCUUUGAUCCAGAAACUCGAAAGUGCGGAGAGCUGGUGGCCUGCAAGACGACGUUCGCCUACGACAUCGACACAAUGCAGUGGAGUCGCAAGGCCGACAUGAAGACCGGUCGAGCGGCACACGGUGCGGCAGCUUUCAAGGACAAGCUCUUCGUUUUUGGCGGCAGAGGACGCCUGGGACGAGCCGUGGAAUCGACCGAAGAGUACGACCCUUCGUCCGACACGUGGAAAGAGUGCACGCCACUGGACGUGCCCCGCAUGGCCGUAGGCUGUGCCACGGUAGCUGAUGACAUCUACGUGGUCGGUGGCUUGGUACCGGAGGCGGACGAUCUGUACCGAGCCGUGGACAGGGUCAACAUAUACGACCCAAAGACACACACGUGGUCUGAAGGUCCACCGCUACCCAAACCGCGUGCGUUCCCCGCGGCGGCUUCCCUCGGCGACAAGCUGUGGCUGAUCGGCGGCUGUUACGACAACUCGGAACCGGGACUAAAUCUGGUCAGCCUGCGAGACGUCGACGUCCUCGAACCAAGCGGGUGGGUACACAUGGGCUGUACUACCCAUUCGAGGCACGCCGCGGCUGUCGCUGUAGCUGACACCAACAUCUACGUCAUCGGUGGCACGAGCAGCGUACUCAACGGACCAAUCAAACGGCCGGAAGUGUACCUGCAGCAAGACGACCGUUACAAGUUCCCGGCCGAGUACCCGGAAGCAAUGACCGGCAUUUCCGCCGUGUCCGUACCUCCGAUCACGGCUACGUUCAGGAGCCGGUCCCUGACGUGCAUGAUAACGGACGCACUGGCGGAAUAGCGAGGCCGCUGUAUU